AUGACCUUGCGAGGCAAAGCCAGCGUCUACGCCGGCGCUGCCCUGCUGCGACUCUUUCUCUUUCUCGCCUUUCCCGGUCUCCCGGAUCUUCUUACCGGCCGCGUCGAGAUCUCGACGCCUGUCACCAGCUUCAAGCGAUUACAAGAGGGAUUGUUCCUAUACACCAACAAUGUGUCCCCCUACGACGGCGGCGUCUACCACCAGGCCCCGCUGCUGCUCCCCCUGUUCUCCCUCCUUCCAGACGUGAAGGCCUGGUCCAUCUUCACCCACCUCCUCUACAUCGUCGUCGACCUGCUCAGCGCCGAUGCCCUAUACAACAUUGCCAAUUCCGGCGAGGCCGGCAGCUCGAAGCUGUUCACGUCUCCCCGCCGGGCCAAGAAGUGGAGCGGAGUUGCCGUUGCCGCAGCGUUCUUGUUAAACCCGUAUACUAUCGCGACGUGUAUAGGACGCUCGACUGGCGUCUUCACCACCUGUGCGAUCCUCCAUGCCAUAUCCAAGGCCAUCUACGGCUCGCCCUUCAAGGCCAUGGUCGCCCUGUCGUUCGCCUCUUACCUCUCGAUGUACCCGAUCCUCCUUCUCCCGCCAGUCGUCCUUCUGGCCUACGACCGCCAGCUUGAGAAGCGUCGAAUUGCCUCCGGUCUCCAUUUCGCUGGUGUCAACGCCCUCGUUGUGGCGGGGUGCCUUGCGGUUCUACUUGGCAUGUCCUUUGUGGUCACUGGCAACUCGUGGGAGUUCCUCGCUCGAACCUACGGCAUCCAGUUCACCUUGUCAGACCUGACCCCCAACGUUGGCCUCUGGUGGUACUUCUUUAUUGAGAUGUUCGACUCGUUCCGCGCCUUCUUCCUCGGCGUCUUCUGGCUUCACCUCGCCGCCUAUCCCACCGCCCUGUGCUUCCGCCUACGACCCCAGCCUUUGGCCGUCUUAACCAUCAUCCUCGGGACCUUCUCCAUUUUCAAACCAUAUCCGUCUCUCGCCGACGCCAGUCUCUUCCUAGCCAUGAUUCCCUUAUUCCGACACAUCUUCCCUCUCAUGCGCUACUCCUUCGUCACUACGUCGACCCUCCUAUAUGCCACGUUCCUGGGCCCGGCCUUCUACCACCUAUGGAUCUACGCCGGAAGUGGCAAUGCCAACUUCUUCUACGCCAUCACAUUGGUCUGGAGUCUGGGGCAGAGCUUGUUGGUGUCGGAUCUGACCUUUGCGAUCCUCAGAGACGAGUGGGAGAUUGACCGACCGGACAUGAUCGGCAAGGAGAUCCGUCAGAUCUAG